GAGCACGUGGCAGACUUCAGCGCCGAUGCGAUGCGGAUCCCUGGGGCUUCCAACUGCGCUUCAUGAACUCCAAGGGCGUUCCUGGACAAACUGAGGUCAGCACAGACACUCACUUUGUCCUGGGUGACAAAGGCUAUGUUUGCCUGCAGCCUAACGGUGAGUGGAGCAUAUCCCUCCGGGUUUUACCAGAAUCUGAUGAGGAGUUUCUCACGAGCAUGGAAGCGACGGAUGGCAACGUGCAGAAACUGAAGGAGUACGUUCAGACCCAUGCCAAGUUCACGGCCGACAACUUGCUGGAUGAGGAGGCUUAUCGCAAGUUCUAUGACUGCCCACCCUUCAGCGGCGUCGUUGUCAAGUGCUCUUCCCUGAAUCCAGCAGGCUGGAUCUACCUCAUUGGGGAUGCCGCACAUGCUGUGCAGCCAGCUACGGGGGAAGGCAUCAACAGCGGCUUGGAGGAUGCCGCUGUGCUUGGUGUCGUUCUGAAGGAGAACGCAGACGAUCCAUUUGCAGCGUUUGACUGUCAGCAGCGGCCGAACGCUCACGCACUUCAGAAACUGGCAUUGGAGGCCCGGAGCCGAGUGAGUCUGCCUCCUCCCCGAGAGCAAGCCGUGAAUGUCAUGGUGACCAUUGGCUUAGCCAUGGCCAAGAAGCUCCGCAUCAUCGAAGGCACCAAGCAGGACUUCAUGCUUGGAGAAAAAGCCCAGUCUGUGGGAAUCAAGUCCUACGAUGAGCUCGUGCAAAUCGACGAGCGGCAGACGCGAAAGCUUCGACCUCUUGCGAAUGCCCUGGCGAAAAUUUUCCGAGUGCCAAAGGAGCACCCACCAGCCCAGACACAGAGCUAA